CCAAAAGUAUGGCAAAUAAAGAAAAUUUAUUCUUAGCAAUCUUUGUUACUCUUGUAAUUGUUUUGGUAUUUUCCACCAAAGCUAGUCCAACAUCAAGCAGAGAAGUUGAGGCUCUUCUCAAAUGGAAAGCUAGUCUCCCAAAGCAAUCAGUUCUAGAGUCUUGGGCUCUUCCUGUAGCUAAUACCAGUUCUGCCCUUCCAAGUCCAUGCAAAUGGUAUGGAAUUACCUGCAACAAAGCAGGAACUGUGACUGAAAUAAACCUGGCAUAUGCAGGUUUGAGAGGUACCCUCGAAAACCUCGAUUUUUCUUCAUUUCCAAGCCUUGUUAUUCUUGAUCUUAAUGAAAACCAACUCACUGGCACCAUACCAAUCAGCAUUGGCAUGCUUUCCAAUCUAGAAUAUCUUGAUCUUUCCACAAAUUCUCUCAACAGUUCGCUGCCUCUUUCUCUUGCUAAUCUCACUCGGGUUUACGAGCUAGACAUCUCCCGAAACCAGAUAACUGGAGUGUUGGACCGCCGUCUAUUCCCUGACGGCACAAGUUCCUCCAAAACUGGCCUCAAAAGUCUCAAACAUCUGUUGUUCCAAGAUACUUUGCUUGGUGGAAAAAUUCCUGAAGAGAUUGGGAACUUAAAGUUCCUGUCUCUCUUAGCUCUAGAUGACAAUUUUUUCCAUGGUCCUAUUCCUCUAUCUUUUGGCAAUUUGAGUGACUUAAGUAUUCUUCGUCUUUCCAACAAUCAACUGUCAGGUCCAAUCCCGGAAAAGCUAGCUACCCUGAGCAAGUUGUCUGACUUGCGUGUGUUCACUAACCGAUUUUCUGGUUUUGUACCAGUGGGAUUAGGAAAUUAUUCGUCAUUGACUGUUCUGCAUUUGGCAGAGAACAACUUCACUGGCCAUUUGCCACCACAAGUAUGCAGAGGUGGAAAUCUUGUCAAUUUCACUGCAGACUCCAACAAUUUCACAGGUCCAAUCCCAAUAAGCCUAAAAAAUUGCCCAUCUUUAUACAGGCUUAGGCUUGAAUACAACCAACUCACAGGACAUCUAGACCAAGAUUUUGGUGUGUAUCCAAACCUCACUUUUAUCAACUUAAGCUUCAACAGAUUGAUGGGCCAGGUCUCGCCAAACUGGGGAAAAUGCCGGAACUUAACAUUUCUGAAAAUAACAGGAAAUAUGGUUAGUGGCAAAAUCCCAGAUGAGAUUGUUGGAUUGAACCAACUAGUGGGGCUUGAUCUUUCUUCCAAUCAACUGUCUGGAGAGAUACCAGAAAAUAUUGGAAACUUAUCCAAAUUGUCCGUCCUAAAUGUGAAAGAUAACAAGCUCUCAGGUGGUGUACCUGCGCGCAUUGGGCAAUUAUCCGACUUGGAGUUCUUGGACCUCUCAAUGAACAUGCUAAGUGGACCAAUCACGGAGCGCAUAGGGGACUGCACCAAGCUGCAAGAUUUACACCUGAGCAGGAAUCACUUGAAUGGUACAAUCCCAUAUCAAAUGUGUAAUCUGGUGAGUUUGCAAGAUUUGGAUAUGAGUUACAAUUCACUUUGUGGUAAGAUGCCACCCGAUUUUGGAAAGCUUAGAAGCUUAGAGAGCCUAAACGUCUCUCACAAUAAUCUCUCUGGCUCAAUCCCUCUUUCCCUCGGCGACAUGCUUAGCUUAACGGAUAUCAACCUUUCAUACAACAAUUUGGAGGGUCUUGUUCCUGAUAUCAAUAUCUUUCGUUCAUCGAAACCGGAGGCUCUCAGCAACAACAAGCAUCUGUGCGGGGCGAUAAAAGGUCUGCCUCCUUGCAAUGUGACAAGAACAGAAAAUGUUGGCAAAAGCAAGAAAGGGAAACUUGAAAUCAUCCUUCUUGCUCUUUUAGCGAGCGGGUUGUUUCUUUUAUUGACAUUUGUUUGGAUCUUGGUGUGUUGUUGGAAAAAGAGAUCCAAAAAGGCGAUGAAUUCAGAACGUGCACAAAAGGAAGAGAAUCCAUUCUCAGUAUGCUAUUUUGAAGGGAAAAUCUUGUACAAAGACAUACUUGAAACUACAAACAACUUUGAUGACAAGUACUGCAUUGGGGUGGGUGGAUUUGGAAAGGUAUACAAAGCAAAAAUGCCGGACUCUAACCAAGUGUUUGCGGUAAAAAAGCUAAAUUUUCAGGCCACAGACGAUUCGCAAAUAGAGAGCAUCAAGAAUUUUGGGAAUGAGGUUGCGGCCUUAACAGAAAUCAGGCACAGAAACAUUGUGAAACUCUUUGGAUUCUGUUCUCAGGGAAUGCAUACAUUUUUGGUUUAUGAGUUUGUGGAAAGAGGAAGUCUAGCAGAUAUUCUGCGAAGUGAUGAGGAAGCUGAAAAGCUAGAUUGGGGAAAGAGGAUCCGAGUUGCAAAAGGCGUUGCCCAUGCUUUGAGUUACAUGCAUCAUGAUUGUGUUCCACCUAUAAUCCACCGCGAUAUAUCGAGUAAAAAUGUUCUGUUGGACUCCGAACAUGAGGCCCACGUAUCAGAUUUUGGCACUGCGAAGUUCUUAAAUCCUGAGUCCUCUAAUUGGACUGCAGUUGCAGGAACUAUUGGAUACCUUGCUCCAGAGCUGGCUUAUAAUAUGGCAGUGACUGAGAAAUGUGACGUGUAUAGCUUUGGGGUUUUGGCACUUGAAAUUCUGAUGGGGAAGCACCCGGGGGAACUCAUUUCCUCUUUGAAUUCAGGUUCUGCUGAAAGUAUCCACUACAAGGAUGUUUUGGAUCCUCGGCUGACAACCCCUACAAGUCAAGAAAUUGCUGAUAAACUAGCAUUGGUUGUGAACUUGGCUAUCUCAUGUUUGGCUUCGAAUCCAGAAUCUCGUCCAGCCAUGCGCAGUGUGGCAAAACUAUUAGAAAUGCAGGCUCAUGCUGAUGACUUGAAAACUUGA